AUGGAUUCGAUUCAAAACAACCGCGAGCAAGCUGGCAACCAGGAGGAGAGAAGGGACGGGGGGUGUGGCCACGGCGAGGUAGAAAAAGAAUACAGACCGGCCAAGGUUGAACUGUGGGCUUUGAUGGGCGAGCAUGGGAUGUAUCAGCUGCUUGUCCGCGCCUAA